AUGACCAAAAUCGACUCACUCCGUCGAUUUCUUCUUCCAUGUAUCACACCUCCGACGAAUCCAUCCACCGUACCGUUCCCCGGAGCAACAACAUCAUCCACCGGAGCUUCCAAGAAACGUCUCAGCACUUCUUUGAGAGACGAUAUCGACGUUCAAGAUUCAGCUUCUUCAUCUGCCUCUUCCUCAGAGGCUACUUCCGCCGCCGCCUCCGACUACUACAACCUAUCCGCCGUGACUGUGCCGCAGAGACCCUCCAAGACGAUGGUGAUUGGGACGAUAUUUGGUAGAAGAAAGGGACACGUCUGGUUCUGUGUUCAACACGACCGUCUCUCUGUUAAACCCAUCAUCCUCCUCGAGCUUUCAAUAGCUACGAGCCAGUUGGUUCACGAGAUGGGUUCGGGUCUUGUUCGUGUUGCUUUGGAGUGCCCGACCCGACCCGAGUUGAAGUCGUGCUUGCUAAGAUCCGUACCCGUGUGGACGAUGUUCUGUAACGGGAGAAAGCUAGGUUUCGCUGCGCGGAGAAGCGCUAAUGAAGAGACGAGGAUGAUGUUAAAGAGGUUGGAGUCGAUGACGGUUGGUGCUGGUGUGUUACCAUCUGGAUCCGGGUCGGGUGAGUCGGGUGACUCGGAUACUGAUGAGGUUAUGUAUAUGAGGGCCAAUUACGAGCAUGUUGUUGGAAGCUCUGACUCGGAGUCGUUUCAUCUCAUUAACCCGGAUGCUAACUCGGCUCAAGAACUCAGUAUCUUCUUGCUCAGGACCUCUAGCUGAAUUGGCCAUUUGGGGUAACUUAUGAAUCCUUUUCAUAAAGUUUUUUUUUUUUUUCGGGAAGACAGAUGAGUUAGGUCUUAGAGUUUUAGGAUUUUGAGAGUUCUUGAUGAGAUAUUUCUUUGUGGGUCUUUUUGGAUUUGAGUUCUUGAUCUUUGUAAAACAUUCUUUGU